CAUAUGAAUUUUGCCAUUCGCAGCAAUUGGCCCAACAAAGCCAACUUGAUGGAAAUUUCUAUAAACGUUUUUGUGUUUAUAUUGUAUACUUUAUUAGUUUUAUAUUUGCAACAUUUUGUUAACAAAUAUACGGAAUUCGUGCGUAGUUUAUAAA